AACGGCCGGGUGUCUUGGCGGGUUUUCGCUCGGAGCUGCGCUCACGAGACCAGCUCGAGAACGAGGAAACGGAGGUGACGUUUGUUGCCAUCGAUAGAGUGAUCGUUGAACGGCAGUCGAGAGGAACGAGGACAACCGAAGGACUCGCGUUUGAAAUAUUACCAAAGGACAGAAAACCUGUCGAACUCCUGGGGCUGCAUUUCAGUCCAGGUUUGACCGCACCGAUAGGCGGACGAUUCGCAGCUGAAUGAGGCUCAUGGAACCUUUGGGUGUCACGCCGGACGUGGUGGAGACGGGCGCAUUGAAAAGAUGGUCCGAUUAUCCCAUUCAGCACAGAUUUACAGAUUACUCCAAUUCCAUUGGAGAACCAUCGCAUCAUACCAUAAGUCCCUUUCCGUGCCAACCGGCACUUAACAACAAACUUGCGUUAUGGACCGACGAUAUUUCUGUUUUACAAGUGGAUGCCGUAGUAAAUUCUACCAAUGAAACUAUGGAUGACAAUGGUCCCAUGUGCCAAAGAAUAUUUGCUAGGGCUGGCUCAGCCCUUAACAUGGAAAUAUUUAAUGAAGUAAAAGAAUGCAAAACUGGUGAGAUAAGACUGACCCAAGGACAUGGACUACCUGCACGUUUUAUUAUCCACACUGUGGGACCUGUAUACAAUGUAAAGUACCAAACAGCAGCCCAAAAUACAUUGCAUUGUUGCUACAGAAAUGUUUUACAAAAAGCAAGAGAACUUGGAUUACGUACAAUCGCGUUGCCGGUAAUUAAUUCCGUACGCAGAAAUUAUCCUCCUGAUGCAGGAGCACAUAUUGCUCUCAGAACGAUAAGAAGAUUCUUGGAGCAAUAUGGCGAUUCGAUUACAUGCAUCGUAUUUGUUCUCGAGCCGUGCGAUCUUGGAAUUUACGAAGUUUUACUUCCCCUUUAUUUCCCUAGGAAUUUAGCAGAGCAAGAUAAUGCUUGUUGGCAGUUGCCAAACGACAUUGGUGGAAUGGAUGGGGAACCUCUGCUUCCCGACCGACAAAUUAGAAUCAUCGACAAUCCUCAACAUGCUUUACACGGUGACGAAAGCGUAGAGCUAUCCACUCAAUUAGAAACAUCUGUGAAUAUCGGCGAACACGCGUUCGCACAGAUGCAGGGUGACCUCGACCGACAAAGAUUACUUGGGGAAAGGCCCCCUGCCGAUCCUCUGGCGGAUAUCAUGUUGAAACAAAUGCAGCAGAAAGAAAGGUACGAAAGGCUCCUGAGGAGAGCAAAGACAGAGGACCUAUCCGAGGUGUCAGGGAUCGGUUGCCUCUAUCAAAGUGGUGUCGAUCGUCAAGGCCGGCCAGUGGUCGUGUUCGUUGGCAAAUGGUUUCCCGCCACUAAAAUCAAUUUGGACAAGGCGUUGCUGUACCUGAUACAGUUGCUCGACCCGAUCGUCAAAGGAGACUACGUCAUCGCUUACUUCCAUACAUUGACGACCAGUAACAACUACCCCAGCUUGCACUGGUUGCGCGAAGUUUACAACGUGCUUCCUUACAAGUAUAAGAAGAACCUCAAACACUUUUACAUUAUCCAUCCGACUUUCUGGACCAAGAUGAUGACGUGGUGGUUCACGACGUUCAUGGCUCCGGCUAUCAAGCAGAAAGUUCACAGUUUACCCGGCGUGGAGUACCUCUACGAAGUUAUGUCGCCGGAGCAGUUGGAAAUUCCUGCUUACAUCACGGAAUAUGAUAUGACGAUAAACGGCAUGAGGUAUUACCAACCCGAACCAGUCAUGUCGACCAGUCCGUCGACGUCCACGUAACUCGCGAACAAGAUUCGGUUCCCAGCCAGCGAAUCGCUGGUCAGGACCAAGUCGGAUCGACUGUUCCACGCGAUGCUGGUACAGUUGUACACGCGUGUGUUCCUCGACUAACCGUCGUAUACCCAUUUCGUUCGUUCCACCGACUCUGGACUCCAAUUGGACGAGAAACAGGGCUGCCGUUCGGACACGAUCGUCGUCACGAUCGGAUGGUUCGUUCGGGCCACCACGAUAGCUCGCCGUUGCUUUGCCGAAGUGCCUCGCGAUGGAUGGAACGCGAACAGAAGAGAGAACUCGUCGUCGGUGCUUCGCGCGACUACUUUUUACGAACUGAUCGCUGAAAAAAGUCAAGAAACCACUGCCCAUCCGUCUCUCGCAGUUUCACAGAAAGAACAAAAUUCUCCGCCGAUUCAAGGAAACUGGAAACACUGGCGGAGAAGGAAAAAAAAAAAAUUCUUAUUCGCUCGAGGCGAGUAUCGAUUGCCAAAACACCAAUUAAUCAGUAUUUUCGUCGUCGUGUUGCCGUCGGUAUAGGGAGCUUCGACCUGUGUUCUUGUAAAUAUUACGCUGUUCAUCGUUACGGAAUGUAAAAACGGAAGAGACGACCGCGUGGAGAUGAGCGUCGACGACGAAACGAAGCGAAUGACGGCUUAAUACGAACCGACGAUCGCAUUCUGUUAUUUUCUUAUCCAUCGUUAUACAGCGAAGAGCGUCUAUUUGAUUAUUGUACGUCGUAUUUUAUUAUGUAACGUCGUUGACAAAUGAUUAGCGCCAGCUGGCGCGGUAUUUUCGAUAUGUAAAACGGUAGAACGUGUAACUCCCGGGCAAGAAGGGGAAGAUGUAGAACGGCUGGUUCCUUCCGUGGUGCUACGGCUUCGGCGAUUUCAUGUGAAUCGUGGACUGUGUCAUUCGACUCGCCGCGUAGAACUGAUUAACAAGUACGCGGGAAACGUUCGCGUUUAUCGAUAACGAGUCGAGGUGUCAACGUUCCUCUCGUUCUGUUGUUCGUCGACGGGAAUUACGAAUGGUCUGGCGGCCGACAAGCUGCUUUAUCGUUGGAGUACUCUGUUACGAAUUACGUAACCGGUACUAAAAGAAUUACAGGAGAUUAAAUGGAGCGUUAAUCUUUAGCGGACCUAGGCGAAGAGCGGCGACACUCUAUCGAUUCGUCAUCGACGCGUGGAUAAGUGGAAUCUUAUGGCGUUAAAAGCUGAGUGCCGAGGUCGUACUCGCGGUUCAAUUCUAGAUUAGAUGAAGCAAUAAACUUAAGAGCUUUCUCGCGAUGUAUAUUUCGGGAGACAGAAUCGUUAUACUCGUUGUUAAGCAUUUUUAGCGUUUGAAGAUGAAAAACAAAGUUGAUAUAUAUGUAUAUAACCGGCGUCGAUUAACCCAUUUCUUUCAUUUUCCCUGUAUCGUUACACCGCGCAAGGUCACUCGUGUUCCAUCUCUGACCAGCUUCUAACGCGUAACGAACCGGAAGCAACUCGAUCGUUCACUGGUCGACCAACAGACGCGAGGCAAUGGAAUAAUUGGCCGUACUGCGGUCGGAGAUGCGUAUUAACCACGUAACGUUACUUCUGAUUAGCUCGAUUACGUCUUUUAUCGUUGAACAACAUUUUUUUAUUACAUUUUUAUUGCGUUGAAUGGAUGUUGCGUUAGGAUACGUUAGAUAUAUAUUUAUUGUACGGAUAGCGUGCAGCGUUUCGUUAAUAAAAAUAGAAAACCUAUUUCUCCAUGCGUCGAACGGGCAAAUUGGACGAUUUAUUUUUAAUAUUCGCUAUCGACGCGUGUCUCGGCUACGAACUUACUUUCGACCAAUCUAUGCGAGAGACUCGACGCGACGAACAAUGUAAAAGUCGCCCGUCGCGUCGUUUCUCACGUAAAUUUUAACGUUUUACGUUCAACGACCCCACUGUCCGUCCCUGACAAUCGUUUCUAGCAAGUAGGGAAGCGUCGCGCAAGACAUCGUCCAACCAUUCUCGUCGUUAUUGACGCGCACGUCUCCAGAACGGGUGUCGCAUACGAAAAAUUGACGAAACAAAACAGAAGAAGUUUGCCUGUUAUAGUUUCCGUCUUUCUGUAUGCCUUUGUGGAAACAACGAAUAGUCUACGUAAUUGGGAUCGUUUGGAAGCGAAGCUUAACGAGAAUUGCGCGCAAUUCCGACGAUUAGGCGUUGUCCUUGUCGCGACGGUGUAAUUAAUGUUGAAUGGGCUCGUGCGAUCUAACGAGGGAGAUGUUGUGAGACAGUAAAACGUUAGUGGAUGUCAUAGGCGAGGCGAAGAUUGUGACAAUAUGUGAGUGGGCGCCACGGUGCCCAAGAUUUUAUCGUUUUUUAAAGUCCUAAUCUAGUCGAAUCGCGCAUUCCAUCGCGUCUGAUCGGAGUUACGUUUGCUAGAGAAAUAGGAACGGUACGAGGUAGUCGAAAGAAGAAAUUACUAAUGGACUACGCUAGGACUUUAAAAUGGGCUGAUUGAAAACAUUAGGCUUUACGCUUAGAAGAUUACCUAUGGCUUCGAGAAACAAUUCGACCGCUACGCGGUUCCUCCGCAUUUAGGGAACCGCGAUCGCAAAGGGCAGAACCGAAUGGGAAAUGCUUGCAGCAAUAUGCGGCGGUAGUUUCGAUCGGUCCCUGUUACCUUAGGAUCCCGAAAUCACGUUUACUUUCCGAACUUUUCUCGUCGUACACAGCUCUGCGAGUGUCGCAACACGCUUUCUCGUGGGAAUUCGAGCGAGCUUCCGCUUUGAUCGGGAUUUGUUGGAGGGCGAUUCUGCAUGAAAGAGUAAAGAGACAAUUUAGAAAGCCGUAUUUCUUCGUACGCGUUUGCUUUACCUUUCCAUUCAAAAUCACCCACUUCGGAAUUGUUCGUUACAAAACAUCCUGUAUAUCCGAAGUACGAAAUUGUUAAGAAGCACCGCGAUAUGGUAAUAAAUUUUAUCGAUCGAAUCGUACCAGGGUCGAAACAAAAAUCAACUUAGCCAUCGAGGGUGUAUCUCCUCCAACGUACCCUCCCUUUCUGUGCAAAAAUAUUUGGGAGGGGGUGGUCGCGAACGGCCAAUUGAUUUUGCUUCGAUUGUGGUAUCGAAGUGUUGAAUCCGAACGGCGAUAUUGGAAAUGAAUUUUAUAUGAAGAAUAUAUAAGCGAUUGAAACCAAACUACAAGCGUUUUAACAAAUAUUAACGGUCUUUCUUAAGAGAGUAACCAACCUCUUAAAAUAGCGCAAAUCAUAGUUAUCGUGUUAAUUGCGAGUUUAUAAGAUACCGUGCAAAUUUUGUACGCUCGUUACUCUUCCUUCAAGAACUACUGAACAAAUCGUAACGAAAAGAGGGAAAUGUUUCCGUUUCCUUUUUUUUUUUAUAUUUACAUAAGUAACAUUUUUAUAAGCAAGAAGCGAACGUCGGCGCGACGAUCGUGUUUCGCGGGAAACGAGGACGGAAGUUUCGGAAACUACACGUGCAUUAUGUAUGUAUACGUAUGUAUAACGAUAUACCGGUUAAUCAUUGUAAUUGUUGUCGCAAUGGUAUAGAUUCUAAUUAAUCGAAGUAUAUUUUUCUCUCGCGUGCCGAUGCACGGCCUCUAACAGCUGACACCGCAUCCUUUCAUCUGUUUUCUGUUUCUUUUUUAUAUAGAUCGAGCAAUAAACGUUUUAUUUGAACAAGAA